CACCCAACUAUAUGUUAAUUGUACGCUAUUCGACAUUCAUUCAAUAUCAAUUAGCAAAACUUGGAUUAUAAUUUUGGCUGGCUAAUGGACUUAUAAAAGCAUGCAAAUGAUUUGGCAGCCAAGCGAAUCCGUGAUGGAUGUUCCUAAAUCAGAUGUCGAGAUGCGUGCGACGUGGCUGCGAGUGCUCCAAAUGCUGCUCGGACUGUGGCUGACGCUGGCGGAUGCGCGUCUGCUCAAGUUCACGAAUGUCAAGUGCCUGGAGCUGCCGACAAAUGCGGGCUUCAGCAGGUACGAGUACUGCCGCCUGAAGGUGGUGCGGCGCAAUCAGGUGGAGCUCUCGCUGAAGGUCAGCCUGCUGGAGCUGCCCAUUACGAACCUGACCACCAGGCUGCAGUGCUUCCAGCGCAGCGACGGCUAUCGUCCGUUCGUCUACAAUAUACUCUUCGACUUCUGCAAGCUGAUGGCCGCACGCAAGUACCGCAUCUCCUUCGAGAGAUUCAUCUUCGAUGCCGUGCGCCAGCACAGCAACUUUAAUCAAUCGUGUCCCUGGCGGGAGAAUCACAUGACCGUGGAGCGUUACGCCCUGGACUUCACCAAGGUGAACAUGCCCGUGCCGGCGGGCGUCUAUCGGCUGGACUUUACCUUCUACGCCUACGGCAUAGCGCGCACCUUGACGCAGGUCUUCUUCGAGAAACUCGAAUAGGGUUCCGCCCAUAGCCGUAGAAUAGGUUAUGGCCAGCGUAUUACGUAUUCCGCACACGCCCCACAAAAUGGCGAUGUUCGAUUCAAUUCAAUGCAGAAGUUAAUUUCAUCUGAAUUCAUCUGUUUUUUAGCUUUUUAUUUUU